AAAUCAUAAUUAAUUUGACAAAUGAUAGGCACAAAAACAUAAAUAUGUUUUGAAUGAGUUGUAUCUUCUUUAUCUGUGUAGAUGUCGAAUAGAUGAAAGUUGUGUCUGUGGCGCCCUCGUGUGUCGAAACAUGUCAAUUACAAUGUUUCAAACAAAACGGUUUAAUAUUUUAAUAACUCUUAGAACACAUAGUAAAAAGCUUGUAGUUCAUUAGAUUUAAACUACUAACCACAUCGGUAUUUUUAUUAGGUUAUUAGAAAAUGUAUAGAUUUCAUUUUCUGUAGGUUGACUUUUAUCUUUUAACACAAUUUUUGAUAGCCUAUCUUAUAAGUUUUCUCCAGUAAACACAGAGAUUAUACUCACAAACACGUUUGGACACAACAACUAACACACUGAUGGGAUUCAACGAAGCGCAGGAUUUCCUGAGGUCGCGUGAGCGCGCUGCGCGUUCAUGUGAGCUGCUCGGUUAAAGCUUCUGUGGCGUGAUUCAGACUGUCAGUGUGUGAUGAUGGGACUCGUGUGCGCGCAUCUGAUGGUGACACUGUUCCUCAGCUCAUCAGGCUGGCUGUGUGUGGUUGGUAUGCGGGUGUCUACAGCAGGUGAUGUUCAGGCCGUAAACGGUACAGACUGUCGUCUCAGAUGCACCUUUAUGACGUCAGCUCCAGUCAGACUGUCCAGUCUCACGGUGUCCUGGAGCUUCAGACCCUUCAGCCCUGGACCAGAGGAGACGGUGUUGUAUUAUCAUGGAAAGCCCGUUCCAAAUCAUGAGGGCCGUUUCAAAGGGAAGGUGGAGUGGGCCGGAGACGCCGGCGGCCGUGACGCGUCUAUAGUUCUGAGGAAAGUGUCUUUUCAGUUCAACGGCACGUUCAGCUGUCAGGUGUGGAACACGCCGGAUGUCCACGGCAACGUCGGCCAGGUGCGUCUACGAGUCGUCUCCACAGCUUCUUUCUCUGAGAUUGUGAUUCUCUCAGUUGCUAUUGGAGGCUCCAUCCUAAUGAUCCUGCUGAUGUUUAUAAUCAUCACGUCUGUACGUCACUGUCACACAAACAAGAAUCCACAAGAAAACUGCACAACACAACCGCAGAAGGAGCGGAUGAUGUGGUGACCGAUAACACAUCUUUAGCUCUGCUUGGCAACCGCCAGCCUCUGGUUUCUAGGUGAUCAUAUUGUCUUUUCUCAGUAUUUGUUGUGUAAUUGUGCUCAGCUGAUAGAGAUCUGUUUCUGUUACCUGAUCGGUUCAGUGACAUUAUUAUCCAGUCAUGAUGAGGAAUAUCAAGUCUGAAUGAUGAACUGAUAAAGGGAGUGUAAUAAAAAAGCUCUGUCAUUUGCAUGAUGAAACAUACUUUCCUGUUUUUAAUUAUACAUUUUAUUCUUCAUUAAUUGCACAUAAACAUAUGAACAAUUUCCAGUGUUAGAUGUUACUAGCAGUGAUGCCGGUAACGCGUUAGUCUAAUUUGACCACAUUUUUCAGUAACGAGUAAUCUAACGCGUUACUUUUUCCAAACCAUUAAUCAGAUUAAAGUUAUUUAUCCAAAUCACUCUGCGUUACUAUUUUUGUCAUUUUCCUCAGUAAAAAUAUAUACUUUUUGCUUUCU